AGUGUUGGGUCACUCAAUUCAAUUGUUGUUUGUUCUUGCUGUGCUGACAUAAGUUUGUCUAUAAAGUCAAGUCAGUGAACCGAACCAAACAUCACUCUUUUCAUAUUCUUGUUCUGUUCCAAAAACAGGACAAAACCCUCGUACUUGUUUUCAUCAUCAUAAUCACUCUCUCUCUCUCUCUCUCUCUCUCUCUCUCUCUCUCUAAUCUCACUCUCUAGAAUAUUCAUUCACAAACCUUACAAUGCCGUACGGUGAAUCCUCCACCGCUGCUUCCGUUCAGUUUCCGCCGGAGACCUCCGAUCAUGGAAAAACUCCUUCCCUUGACGUUGAGUCUUCUCUAGUCAAAAAAGAUCCCACCAAAAUUGCUAGAAAGUAUCAAUUGGAUUUAUGCAAAAAAGCUAUGGAGGAAAAUACUAUUGUUUAUUUGGGAACAGGAUGUGGGAAGACACACAUUGCUGUGUUGCUCAUGCAUGAGAUGAGACAUUUGAUUAAGAAGCCGAACAAGGAUGUAUGCGUCUUUCUUGCACCUACCGUUGCUCUAGUUCAUCAGCAAGCAAAGGUGAUAUCUGACUCUACUGAUUUUGAAGUUGGAACUUACUGUGGGAGUUCCAAGGGGACAAAAUCUCAUCAACACUGGGAGGAGGAGAUUGAACAGAACGAGGUUCUUGUCAUGACCCCACAAAUAUUACUUCACAACUUAUCUCAUUGUUUCAUCAAGAUGGAGAUGAUCACACUUUUGAUUUUCGAUGAAUGCCAUCAUGCUCAAGUCAAAAGCAGUCAUCCUUAUGCAGAAAUCAUGAAAGUCUUCUACAAAAAUAAUUCCACAAAGGUUCCCCGUAUAUUUGGCAUGACUGCUUCCCCCGUUGUAGGAAAAGGAGCUUCUACUGAAGCAAAUCUACCAAAAAGCAUUAAUAGUCUUGAACAAAUGCUUGAUGCUAAGGUAUACUCAGUUGACGAUGAGGCAUUGCAAUCUUUUGUGACCAGUCCUGCAGUUCGUAUAUAUCGUUAUAGUUCGACUGCAAGUAUGGAAACUAGCUUGUACUGUAAAAUUGAGGAGAUUAAAUGCCAGUGCAUAGAAACCCUUGGUAGGAGUAUAGAAGAUCACCAGAAGCGGAUGAGCACAAAGAAACUUCUCAACCGGGUGCAUGAGAAUGUGGUCUUUUCUCUUAGAAGUCUUGGCAUUUGGGGAGCAUUGCAGGCUACCCGUAUUCUUUUGAGCGGUGAUCAUUCUGAGAGGCAUGCAUUAGUUGGGGCAGAAGGAAUUUCAAGUGAUGAGUCUGUAUGUGAUAAAUAUCUUGCAAAGGCUGCUGACCUAUUUGCUUCCAAAUCUAUGACAGGUGACAGCUUAUCUGAUCCAUCUUCCCUGGAAAUAUUAAAAGAGCCCUGUUUCUCUGCAAAGCUACUACGCCUCAUUGGGAUACUGACCAGUUUCAGGUUGCAGCAGAACAUGAAGUGUAUAGUUUUUGUCAACAGAAUUGUGACUGCAAGAUCUCUGUCUUACAUACUACAGAAGCUCGAGCUUCUAAGGCAAUGGAAGAGUGGUUUUCUUGUAGGAGUCCAUUCUGGAGCAAAGAUUAUGUCACGGAAGACCAUGAGUGCAAUUGUUGAGAAGUUUCGCUCUGGAGAGCUGAAUUUAUUGGUUGCCACCAGUGUGGGGGAAGAAGGACUUGAUAUUCAGACAUGUUGCCUUGUCAUACGGUUCGAUCUUCCAGAAACUGUUGCCAGCUUUAUACAGUCAAGAGGUCGUGCACGCAUGCCUCGUUCAGAAUAUGCAUUUUUGGUUGACAGUGGAAAUGAGAAGGAAUUAGCCAUUAUUGAUGGUUUUGAGAAAGAUGAGUCCCGAAUGAAUACGGAAAUUACUGACAGAACAUCCAGUGAGACAUACAACAUCCCUGUACAAAAAACAUUCAGAGUUGAUUCAUCUGGUGCCUCAGUCAGUUCGGCAUAUAGUAUCUCAUUGCUCUACCAGUAUUGUUCAAAGCUUCCGCAUGAUGAGUUCUUUGAUCCGCGGCCAAAUUUCUUUUACUUUGAUGAUUUAGGAGGGACUGUCUGCCAAAUAACUUUGCCUUCCAAUGCUCCUAUACACCAAAUUGUCGGUACACCACAAUUGUCUAUGGAAGAUGCGAAAAGAGAUGCUUGCCUGAAAGCAAUUGAAGAACUGCAUAAAUUAGGUGCUUUGAAUGAUUGUCUUUUGCCAAGGCAAAAUGAUGCAGAGCCGGAAAAGGUUUUGGGUUCUUCUGAUUCAGAUGAAUAUGCAGAUGACAUUUCAAGAGGAGAAUUAUAUGAGAUGCGAGUUCCUUCUGUCUUUGGACAGUCAUGGAAAAAUGAGAAAACUGUCCGUCUCAACUCUUACUACAUUAAAUUUUCCCCCACUCCAGAGGAUAGGGUCUAUAAAAAUUUCGGUUUAUUCAUCAUGACUCGUCUUCCAAUGGAGGCAGAGCAACUGGAACUUGAUCUUCAUCUUGCUCACGGUAGAUCCGUGAUGACAAAAUUUAUUCCAUUUGGAGUUGUAGAAUUCAACAAAGAUGAGAUUAAGAUGGCGGAGAAUUUUCAAGAAAUGUUCCUCAAAAUUAUUCUCGAUAGAUUAGAAUUUGUUUCGAAGUUUGUAGAAUUGGGUGCUAAAUCUCACACAAGCGCAUCGACCUUCUACCUUUUGCUUCCAGUCAUAUUGAAAGAAUACGAUGAUGUGAUGAAAGUAGACUGGAAAACAGUGAAGAGAUGCCUUUGUUCACCAAUUUUCAGGCAUCCAGAAGUUACUUCAGAUAAAAUGGUUACAUCUAUGGAUAAUCACCUGCUACUUGCCAAUGGUUACAAAAGUAUUACAGAUGUUGAGAAUAGUUUAGUGUAUGUUCCACAUACCAAGUUCUUUUUUUUUGUCACAAAUAUUAUCUAUGAAAAGAAUGGAUUCAGUCCUCAUAAAAAUUCAGAAACUUCAAGCUUCGUGGACCACUUAAAUGAAAAGUUUUCCAUUAAUCUCAAACGCCCUGAACAACCACUUCUGCAUGCAAAACAACUCUUCAAUUUGCACAACCUACUACACGAUCGAAAGAAUGCGGAUGAUGAAGUCACAGAACCACAUGAGCUGGAGGAACACUUUGUUUAUUUUCCUCCUGAGCUAUGCGAACUGAAAAUAGUAGGCUUUUCAAAGGAUAUUGGCAGUUCCAUAUCUUUGCUACCUUCAAUUAUGCAUCGUCUUGGAAACUUGCUGGUUGCCAUUGAACUGAGGAACCAGCUAUCUUCCUCCUUCCCAGAGGCAGCUGAAAUUAGUGCCCAUAGGGUUCUAGAGGCUCUCACCACCGAGCAGUGUCAGGAGCGCUUUUCCCUUGAAAGACUUGAAGUGCUCGGUGACGCUUUCCUUAAAUUUUCUGUCGCACGCCAUUUUUUUCUGUUGCACGACAGCUUUCAUGAAGGAGACCUUACCAGCAAGCGUUCCAAUAUUGUAAAUAAUUCCAAUUUGCUCAAGUUGGCUGUUAAGCGCAAUUUGCAGGUCUAUAUACGUGACCAGGCACUUGAUCCCAUCCAGUUCUAUGCAUUAGGCCGUCCUUGCCCAAGAGUUUGUACCAAGGAAACUGAAGACAGCAUCCACUUGUGUUUAAAUUCUGGUGAGGAGAAAAGGAGUGCAACUCAAAUCCGUUGUAAUAAACAUCACCAUUGGUUGCAUAGGAAAACAAUUUCUGAUGUGGUUGAAGCUCUUGUGGGAGCAUUCAUAGUCGACAGUGGAUUUAAAGCUGCAAUUGCCUUUCUUACAUGGAUUGGCAUGCAAGUAAAUUUUGAAGCCUCGCAAGUUGUUAAUAUUUGCACUGGAAGUGUUGGCUAUUUUCCUCUUUCUAGUGAAGUAGACAUUCCCUCCCUUGAAGGAAAGUUAGGGCAUCACUUUGUUCAUAAGGGCCUACUUCUUCAGGCAUUUGUACAUCCUUCGUAUAAUAAGCAUGGAGGAGGCUGUUAUCAGAGACUGGAGUUUCUUGGAGAUGCUGUCUUGGAUUAUUUGAUUACGUCAUAUCUAUACUCAGCUUAUCCCAAACUAAAGCCUGGCCAACUGACAGAUCUGAGAUCGUUGUCUGUCAAUAAUAAGGCAUUUGCCUGUGUGGCAGUAGAUCGCUGUUUUCAUGAAUUUCUUCUAUGCGAUUCAAGUGCUCUGACUGGGGCAAUAAAAAAGUAUGCGGACUAUAUUAGAAGACCUGCAUCAGACCGUGACAAAAAUGGAGGACCAAAUUGUCCUAAGGCCCUAGGUGAUUUGGUGGAAUCUUGUAUUGGUGCCGUUCUUCUUGAUUCAGGAUUUGAUUUGAACAAAGUUUGGAAGAUUAUGACAUCGUUCUUGGACCCAAUCAUGAAAUUUUCAUCAAGUUUACAGCUUAGUCCUGUUAGGGAUUUGCAAGAACUUUGCCAAUCUCAUAAUUUGGAAUUGGAGCUUCUGACAUCAAAACUAGCUAAAACUUUUUCAGUUGAAGCUAAAGUGACUGGGGACGGUGUAUAUGAAGAAGUUUCUGUGACCAGCCAAAAUAAAAAAGAAGCUGCUAAAGUUGCUUCACAACUACUAUUUUCAAAGUUGAAGGCUCAAGGCUUGAAACUGAGGACAAAAACUUUGGAAGACGUUUUGAAAUCAACGUCUAAGACGGAACCAAAACUGAUUGGCUUUGAUGAAACUCCCAUUGAUGUAAAAGAUACUACUAUCAUCGAACAAGUAAUAGUUAAUGGAGACCUAUGCAACAAGUCUAAUGCAGAAAUCUGCCCUAUUCAAGAUGUAUCAGAUGCAUCCCCCUCGUGUGUUAUACGUGUCGUCGCUCAACGGCUUCAAUCUUCUUCCAAGGGAAAGCUUAGUGAAACCGUUCAAAAUCGUGAUUGUGGCAGUGACUUAGCAAGGACAGCAAGAUCGCGAUUGUAUGAAUUAUGUGCUGCUAAUUACUGGAAACCUCCUUCAUUUGACUGCUGCAAGGAAGAGGGACCAGACCACCUUAAGUUAUUCACUUGCAUGGUGACAAUGGAGAUAGAAGAGGCCUCAAAUAUGAUUAUCGAGUUUAUUGGGGAACCUCUACCAAAGAAGAAAGAUUCAGCGGAUAGUGCAGCUGAGGCUGCAUUUUGGUACCUGAAAGAGAAAGGUUACCUGCAUAAUGCUAACUGACAGGCUCCUAACAAGUAUAUAUCAUGCAACAUAAAUCUAGAGACAAUUCGGCGUAGGAAAAUCAUUUUUUGACAUAGCGGUUGGUAUAGUUUAUUACAGAGAAGGCCAUGAAAUCUAAAGUUGUAAUAUAUUUUACAGAUAAACCAUGUUGUUGUUAUAGUUUAAUAGCAUGUUGUUUUAUUAUGUUUUUGUAGUAUCUAAGUUGUUUAUAUCACUUUAUCUAUAGUGUACCUCAAAAUAUUGCAGAACAAUUUAUAAUGUAUGACAUGUGAAAUGUAAAUAUUUAUUUACUCCUGAAAAA